AUGUUCUGGCGAAGUCCCCAAGUACGGGGCUUCUUUGACAACCAGUUCUCCCGUCCUGGACCUUUGCGAACACUGCGGAAGCAGCAAGGGAUUGCAUGGGUUUGCGCUGUCUUCUCCCUGCCGACCUUCCUGGUCUUGGUCGGGAACCAUCCAGAUGUUCAGGAGCCGUGGUCAAGGGGGUGCUUGGUAUGGAGCAUGCUACUGCAGAGCAGGAGUGGUUCAUUCGGUCGCGUGCUCGUGUGCAGUCCUUUUGCUGUCUGGCACUUAUCUGAGUUGCUGAGGCACUACAGGCCCAUAGAGUAUCCUCCGCAGUCAGAUCCGUCCAUCAUCUACGACAUCUAUCAUGGGAGGACACCCCGGAAAUCUGCAUGA